CUAACUUUCUUACAUAUAAUUUAAAAUAUAUAUUUAUAAGGGAAUAAAAACGUGUGUAUAAUCUAUGCAUAUCUAUAUAUAUGUUUAUAACUUUGUAAUGUGUAAUACGAUUCUAAUUAGAGGAGGCAAUCGUAAACACCAACAAAAUAUAUAUAAAUGGUCAAGUGUCAAACGUCAAAAUCAGCAUACCAGCCGUGGGUUUGACUUUUGGUGUUUUAAUGGUAAAAGGGUGUAGCAAAAGUGAACUAUACCAUCUAAUUCAUGGACAAACUGGAAAUUAAUUUUUACAAUAAGUGGACCAAAAAAAGUCUUUUUUAUAAUGUGUAAUGUGUCUAAAAAUGUGCUGAUUUAAGCGAAUUAUCCUGUUAGAAUUUAAAAAAUAUCUCCGAGCUCUCUGGUAAAAUAAUGCUUAGCAAAAAUUAAAUAUCGUAAUCACCCUAUGCCAGAUAUUAAUUUUUAUUAAAAAACUCCUCCGUCUUUACUUGUCAAAGCGAUUUCAUUUAGAUAAAAAUUUCAUUUCGGGAACAAAGAAAUUAAAGUUUUCACAUAUUUGUUAAACCAUAUGUAUAAAUAUAUUAUAGAAAUAUACAUUCGAUUUUUUUAAGUUUUGGGCAUAUAAAACUUUUAUCAUGAAAUUACGAGUACAGAAAAGAGGACGGAAGCGAAGUGUAUAAGAUAUGUUGCUAAAGAAAAAGUGUAAAAAGUAUGUGUCCGGGUUUUAUUUUCUUAUAAGCACCAGGAAAUAUAUUGUCACAAAUUUGAACAGCUAAAGUAAAAAAUAGAUAUUAAUUAGGAAGGAGAGAAAUUGAUUAACUCCUCUGUGAGAAUUUAGACAAGUGGCUCACAACAAAACCAGCACCAGCGUUGCUUUGAGACGAAAAUAAUACAUUGUAGCUAUGAGUAAUUACCGUCACCAUGGAGGAGGCGGUGGCUAUAGUGGAAUCGAAAUUCGAAACAUGCAUCCACGAAUCUCUCAAAAUUUCACUUACGUUAGUUCAUGUGUUAAAUAUCUGAUCUUCAUGCUAAAUUUCAUAUUCUGGCUUUCGGGAGGAUUAUUGCUGGGUAUUGGUCUUUAUGCUUUCAUGGACAAAUGGGAAGCGACUGGAUGGGUUCGUCUAGAAACAUUUUACGAUGUAAUACUGAACAUCUCUUUAGUAAUGAUGCUGACCGGAAUACUUAUUUCUGUAGUCAGUUUUGCUGGUUGCCUUGGUGCGCUGCGUGAAAAUACUUGUUUACUAAAAUUCUAUACUAUGUGCUUACUAAUGUUUUUUCUUUUGGAAUUGGCCAUUGCCAUAAUGGGAUUUGUUUUUCCACAUAAUAUGAAUUCUUUCCUGGAAGACAAAUUCACUGAUAAAAUUAUACACUCAUAUCGUGAUGACCCAGAUUUACAGAAUCUUAUCGAUUUUGCACAACUUGAAUUUAAAUGCUGUGGAUUAAGCAACUCUGGAUAUCAAGACUGGAGCAAGAAUGAGUAUUUCAACUGUUCAUCACCAUCAGUUGAGCGUUGCGGCGUUCCAUAUAGUUGUUGUAUUAAUGCAACUGACAUCAGUUCGGGUUUGGUUAAUAUUAUGUGCGGCUAUGGCGUUCAAGAACACUCGGUUGCGGCUGCCAGCAAACGUAUUUGGACUAGUGGUUGUAUUGAGAUUGUUCGAGUUUGGGCAGAACGAAACCUAUAUACUAUAGCAGGCAUUGCUCUAGGAGUUGCUCUAAUACAACUUUUUAUCAUAUAUUUAGCUAAAACUCUAGAAGGCCAAAUAGAUCUGCAGAAAUCGCGUUGGAAUGCGUGAGUUCUUUUAAUGUGAAAACAAAUGUAGGGUACCAUUGGUAGCAACAUUUCUAUAUCGUAAACAUGUAAACUUUCCAUUUUUAUAGGUAUGUUAGUUAUUUUAAACAAUAGUGUUUAUAAUUUUUAUAUAAAUUUUGAAUAGAGAGUAUAUAAGACAGUAUGUUGCUCUUUUCGCUCAAACGUAUUAUAUAUUGAAAAUAUUGAAUUUAAAACGCAUUUAAUACAUUGAUGACAUUUUUUUCAAUAAAUCACAAACGAGUGAAACUGUUUUUAUCGUACAAAUCGUGUUCAGAUGUAUUUGUACUUUAUGAUAACACGUUGGUGCUGCAUUUAGCAUUUUCUUACUCUAGUACUAAAAAUAGAUUGUCAGAAAAAAGACUUGGUUUAAUUCAAACUGUAGGCCGUUUUAAUUGUAUUCCUUUGCACUGUUAAUUUUUCUCGAAUAUAUGCAAUAUUAUUGUAAGUAAUUUUAACUACUAUACCUAUGUAUUACUGCAAAUUGCAAAAACAAGAAACACUCGUAAGUUUAUGUGUUCAUUAUAAUCAUUACAUAUUACAUUAUAUUUAUUUACAAUAUAUUUAUAAUAUACAAAUUCUUUUUAUAAUUUGGCACACACGCAUCUCAGAAUUAAUCAAAUCAUUACAUCAUCUUCAAAAUUUUUAGUGGGAACUGAUUACAAAAUCAUUUGGAUCAAUUAAAAUUCACAAUUUCAAAGAUGUUCGACCAACAAUUGAUUUAAGAAAAAUAAAUGUAAUAUUAAUUUUAGUAAAGGGACCGUACUAAAAUUCUGUUGAUUAAGAAAAAUACUUUGCCUACACGCAACAAAAGUUUUUAUUAACUGUGUAGCGUAAUUAACAAAAGUGUGAGUAAAUUAUUAACAUUACUAUAUGUAAUAUAAUGGUUUUAUAUAAAUUUAGUAUAUUCUUUAAAUUUAUAUAUACCAAAUAUGUAAUAUAAAGCAAUGCUUUAAUGAAAUAUAGAGUUUGUCUUUAUGCAAUAAAAAUAAUAAA